AUGGGAGUUUCGCAACUAUAUGCUACUCGUGGUCAAAAUAUCGCCAAGAACCGGGCGCAAAGUUCCCUCAUCAACGUAACUCCAACGCCAUCCAUUGGGAACAUGUUUCCACUCAACACGGGUUCGGACGAUGACGAACCUUGGAGACCCGAUACACCUGUCGAACAGUCAGAUGGCACUCUAGGUUGCAAACGACACGGCCUCGAGAUAUGUGGUAAAUGCUGCGUAGAUUAUACCUUUAUGCGCGAGGUAUCAGCCCAAGAUACUGCAGAUCCCGAGGAUUCCAGCUCUUCGGAAUCAAAUAUGGAGAAGAAGAGUGCAGAUAGAUGUGCCGUUUGCUCGGUACAAGCGUCCAAACGUUGUUCCAAGUGCCACAAGGUCUACUGUGCGUCUGGGUCUUGUUUAUACAAAUAUGCUGAUCUGACUUCUUUUCAAGAUUGCACUGUGGAACACCAGAGACAA